AUGGCCCCCUGGUGCUACUGCCUCCUUGCCCUCCUGAUAAGGAGUCUCUCUGAGACCCCUUCCAACUCCCCAGGUGAAUCAAGGAACCCUUGGGUCACAGGUUGGACCGCGGACCGGGCGGUGUGGCUUCGGACGCCUCUGCCGGCGCUCGGAGCGCUAACAGCGUGCGCGCACGUGCAGUGGAACGCCGCCUCAUCCAACGCGGCAGCACUCUUCUCCCUGGCUGUACCCGCUCUGGCAAACGCGCUGCAGCUACGCGCCUUAGCCGAGCCGGGCGGCGCCGUGCACGCGGCGCUCGCGGUGCGGGUGCACCACGAGUCUUUCCGCGCUGCCUUUCGCGCGGGUGGCCGCUGGCACCACGUGUGCGCCACGUGGGAGUGGCUCUGCGGGCGCUGGUCUUAGGUCGCCGAUGGACGCGCUGGGGCGCGGGGCCUGGGCGCGGGCCACCCACUGCCACCUGGCGGCAUCCUCGUUUUGGGCCAGGACCAGGACUCUCUGGGCGGCGGCUUCUAGGCGUGUGACGCCUUCAGCGGCAACCUCACCGACUUCCACCUGUGGGCUCGGGCGCUGAGCCCCGCGCAGCUGCACCGGGCACGGGCCUGCGCGUCGCCCCCCCGGGGCCUGCUUUUCCGCUGGGAUCUGGGCGCCCUGGACGUCAUACUCUCGCUACUACCGCUGGUGCAGCUGCGGCUUCUCUGCUGGCCAGUGCCCUCAGAGGAGUGCCCUACGUAGGACCUUGGACCCCGCACCGAGGGCUUUUUGUUUUGCCUGCAGCCUCUGCCCUUCCUCUGCCGCUACCGGACAGAGACCUACCAGCAGCUGCAGGAUGCCCAGUCAUGGUCUGGCCAGGAUGGUAUCAGCCAAGUCAAUGCCUUGGCCAAUGCCAUUGUGCUCCUCCCUGACCCUCUCUCUGAAGCCCACGGAGACCUGUCCCUGGCCGAGGCCUCCUGCUUCCUGGGAAUCCUGGAGAGAGUCCUGACAAAGGAGACAGCUCCACCGGGGCCAGCUGUGCUGCUGGCUGUCAUGCACUUCCUGAAAAGAGCGGCAGCCCUUGGGACAUGGGAGCCAGAGCCCAUGACAGGGCCCUGGGAGCAGCUGGGCCAGCACAUCGUGUCUGUGGCCAGCCUGGUCCUGGAGGAGCAGCUGGCUGGUGCGUGGCUGUCAGUCAGCGAGGUGGUGGGCAGACCCAGGGCCCUGGUGGCGAGCACGCGGCGCCUGGCGCCCCCGCUGAGCCCCAUGCUGACCUCUGAGCGGCCCCGAAUGCACAUCCAGCACCACCAUGCCCACCCCCCUGAGCCCCAUUUGCUCCCAGGCCUGGAGUUGCGGAGCCUACACUUGAGGGAGACCAGCAAGGAGGACCAAGUGUUCACGAUGCCCGGUGGGCAUCCAGAGGGGCCUGGCCACAUCCUCAUCCCUGCUGCUGAAGUGAGGCGGCUCGUCAGGAAAGGCCUCUCUGGAGUCACCAUGAUCCACAGCUGGUUCAGCUCAAGUGUCUUCCAGUACACCCUGGGGGCCCCUGGCCGACAGCCCCAGGCCCCUGACACCUCUGAAGAGGCAAGCAGAAUGCAGAGGUUCCUAAGCACCCAGGUGGGGUCAGCAAUCAUCUCAUCUGAGGUGUGGGAUGAAACCGGGGAGGCCAACAUGGCUGUGACCUUUCACCUGCAACACUGGGCGCAGUCUCCUUUGAGGCCUCCACAUCCCCCUGCAUCGUCUGGUCUCUCUCCUUACUCAGGGGGCUCCUGGGCCACCACUGGCUGCUCCGUGACCGCUCUGUCCCAGGACUCAACCGCCUGCUUCUGCAACCACAGCGCCAACUUUGCUGUCCUGUUGCAGGUGUACGACGUCCAGAGGCCCUGGGGGGGCGGGGGGCGGUCCCUGCUGAGGACGCUCUCGUCUGUGGGCUGCGGUGUGUCCUGUGCCCUCGCCACCACCUUCUUGCCCUUCCUGGUGUCUGGGGUCCCCCAGCCAGAACGAGUCACAGUCCACAAGAUCACCUUCUCCCUGGCCUCCGCCGAGGGCUUCCUCGUGGCCAGCGAGUGGGCAAAGGCCAACAAGGUGGCGUGUGUGGCCGUCACAGCGGUGAUGCACCUCCUCUUUUUGGUCGCCUUCUCCUGGAUGUUGGCGGAAGGGCUGCCGCUGUGCAGCAAGGUGGUGGCUGUGAGCAUGCGCCCGGGCCCCAGGAAGCCGCUCUGCUACGCCACAGGCUCUUGGAGCGUGCCUGUGGCCAUCGUGGCCAUCACCCUGGCCGUGUCCCCCCAUGACUACAUGGCCACUGGGCACUGCUGGCUCAGUGUGCACACAGACGCCACCUGGGCUUUUGUGCGGCCCGUGCUCUCAGUGCUGACCGGGAAUCUCCAGGCCAAUACCUGCAUCCUGGUCCGUGUGGUGACUGUCACCGUGUCCAGGGCCCACCACCGUGCCCGCACGCUGAGCCCGCAGCCCUGUGUGCAGCAGCAGAUCCUGAUCCAGAUGUGGGCCACGGUGAAGCCGGUGUUGGUCCUGCUGCCUGUCCUGGGCCUGACCUGGCUGGUCAGCAUGCUGGCGGUGUGGGACCAGGGCUCCGCCAUGCACUGGAGCUCAGAGGGCGUGGCUGGUUCGGGGCCGUACAUCUUCCUGGUCUAUGCAGCCUACAACGGGGAGAUAAGGAGCGCCCUGCAGAGGAUGACUGAGAAGAAGGCAGCGGAGGCUUUCACGGCCGUGGAGCCGACCGCAUUCAAGGCUUCAGGUGUAGCUCCCACCUCAGGGGGUUCCCCUUUUCCCUUUGGCGUCCCGACACCCCCUCAGCCCCACUACCCCAGCGGGCCUCCACCCCGGGCAGGUGUCUCAGUCCUUCUGAGUCUCAGCUUCCCCUUCUGCAAAAUGGGCUGGAGGCGCCCCCUGCAGGCCUGGCGGGAGGACGCAGGCGCCGCGCAGGCGGUGGGCGUUCCGAAGGGGCCGAGUGGCACCACCCCCACCACGGCUCCCAGCCCCCCGCCCCCGCCCCUGCAGGCGUAG